AUGCCACAGGAAGUGACUCUGUCAGAGCAGCCAGAAACAUCCGUAUUCAUUACCUGGAGAGCACCACCAGGACAGGUAGAGAAGUACAAGCUUCUGUUUGGGCUGCUGUCCACAAACAGGAAGUCGUGGACGGAGAUGUUUGUCGAGAGCGUGAGCUAUAAGAUCAGGGAGCUGAUCCCAGGGUCAGACUAUGGUGUCAGCCUUCAGAGUGUUUUGGGACCAGACACCAGUCGGGCAGCAAACAGAGAGUUCAGCACACGCCCAGCAGGACUGUGCUCCCUUCACGUGAAUGAAGUCAACUCUUCAUCGCUCACCCUAAGCUGGAGCAGUGCACCUGGAGAGUUCGAGCACCACAGAGUCAUCGUAACCAACGCUACAGUCACUAAAACACUCAUCAUACACAAAAAGGAGCGGGUUGCCGUGGUUACAGGUCUGCAGGACGGCUGCAGCUACAACGUGAGCGCCGAGAGAGUGAGAGGAGCGACGGCAGGAGGUGCCGCCUUUCUGACUGUAAACACAGUGCCGAACCCCGUGCGAGGGUUGCGUUUCGUGAACGUAUCCGCACACGCAUUCUCACUCCGGUGGCAGCGGGCAGAGGGCUGUGUGGAUCGGUACCAAGUGAGCCUGCACCCAAACGAGGGAAAAGUCAUAAUUCAUCCUGCACAAGACGGAUACACUCAGGCCAAUGUGGUGAAUGUGAGUCCUGGGACAAAAUACUCGCUGACAGUCACAGCAGCCUCCUCCUCCAACAUGAGCCCUGGAGUCAGCCGCAUGAGCCCUGGAGUCAGCCGCAUCAUCAAUACCCAAGAUGUUCCUGGUCCUCCUCUAAGCCUUGAGGGAGAAGCUGUUGGUUCGAAUGGGAUUUUGCUAUCCUGGACCAUGCUUACUGAUGUGAAUAAUAUAGAAGGAUACGUCAUCAGGUACAAGGAGAUGUGUCCAUACCCCAAAACCUAUUUCACUCUAAUGGAAAUAAACAUAGUCAUACCAGAAACUCUGCUUACUGUCUUCACCUCUGGUUCCACAUAUCUAAUUCAGGUAGCAGCUAAAUCUCCAGCAGGAAUGGGACCGUUCAGCAAACCUUUAUACAUGAAGACAGCCGAGUCGUCUCCUGGCCUGGUGACCAAUCUGACGGCGCAUGCCCAGAACCACACCUACGUCGUGGUAACUUGGUAUUUGCCGCAGCGCAUCAACGGCCUCAUCACAAAGUUUGCAGUCAAGACGAAAAAUGUUCGCUGGCCAGAGAACGUCCGCAUUAUGGAGGUCAACGCAAAGGAAAUCAUGACCAUAGCUCUGCCUCACUGCAACGACGCGGCUGACAUCCUGUCACGUGCAACUCCUAGUCCCUUGGAGAUAACAGCCUCUUCGCCGUCCAUCACCCUCUCUGCCGUUCCCCCCGCAGCCUCUUGGAGCGUUCCCAUAUCAGUGGGGGUCGAUCAGCUGCAGCCUUACACAACUUAUCUGUUCGAGGUGUCGGCCUUCACGUCAGAUGGAGAAGGACAGAUAGAUUCUACGAUGGUUCGGACACCAGAAUCAGCUCCGGAAGAUCCACCACAAAAUUUUACUAUAAGAAAUAUGACCUCGAGAGCCAUUUCUGUGUCGUGGAACCCUCCUAGAACUGUGACUGGAAAGUUCAGCUAUGUGCUUUACCUGAAUGGACCUACAGGUUUUUUAUACGAGAACUCCACAUGGGACAUGCGUUUCGUUUUAACUGGUUUGACUCCUUACACAAGGUAUAAAAUAUCUAUCCGAGCAAAAACUGCAGGAGAACUGGGUCCAGCUACAGAGAACAUUGUAAUCACUCUAUCUGAAGCACCCAGCGUAGUGCAGAACCUGAUGGCCAAGGCCGAGGAUUCAGUUUCGAUUCGUGUGAGUUGGAGAAGCCCUGCCCAGCCCAAUGGUCCCAUAAUCCAGUACAGACUGCAGGUCCUGGUUGACAACACUCUGCUGCAGGACAUCACCCUCACAGCACAGAACACAACAAUUUUAAACCAGAGUGAGGCACGUCCUCCUGCUGCCCCUGCCAUCUUGCUGCGACAAAAGCGAUCUAGUGAGCUCAUUGUGACCACGUCUCCGCCGACCUUCACUGCCACUGUUUCUCCCCGCACCCUGCCCACUGACACGACUGCAUCCAGCAUCACACUCUCUGCCAGUAGAAGCACCGAUCGCACGGCUAACACUAACACUGAACCGACCCUCCACACUGUGGUGAAGUCCAGCUCAAGCUUUGUGUCCCAGUCUCACAGCAGCGCAGGGAGCUCUGUCACUUCUAUGCCACCUGCUACGCUUCCACACUGGCUGACAGAACAGUCCCAUACAAACACCUCCACCUCAGCUCUGACUCCAGGCCAGCUGCGCCUGUCUACACGCGAUGCUUCAGUUACAGCGCACGUCUCGAUACGCAGCACGGCAGUGUCUGGAACUCCAGGUGUGACAGUGAAACAGGAGGUAGUGAAUGUUAUGUCUGAGAAGCUGUCUUACUUGGUGUCAGAGCUGAAUCCUUUCACUGAGUACAGAUUCAGGGUCACGGCUUCCACCACCGCAGGAGAAGGACCUGCUACAAACACUACUGAGAAGACCAGUGAGCAGGUUCCCAGUGCAGUGCUCAAAGUGGCCUAUGAGAACAUCAGCUCCACCUCCAUCAGUGUGAGCUGGCUCCCACCGCUCAACCCUAAUGGACGGAUCACGCAUUACACCGUUUACGGCCUCAAUCUGCUCACUAAUGAAGCCCUAAAAUGGGAAACGAACACAACGGACAUAGUGAUAUCAGAGCUGGACAAGUAUACUCCCUAUAAGCUACGUGUUGCUGCAUCUACAGCUGUGGGACAGAGCUCACUGUCAGAAGAGGACGACGUGUUUGUUCACACCUUGGAGGACGAGCCUGACUCCCCUCCUGGAAAUCUCUCUGUGGUGGACACAAGCCCCUCCACCGCCACCCUCACCUGGUCUGCACCACAGAAGGCUAACGGCGUGAUCCAGUACUACGAGAUCUCGUAUGGAAACAAUUCCUUCUCUGCACUGGUGAACAGCACAUCUAACAGAGUCACUCUGAUCGAUCUGAAGCCGUUCUCCUACUACAACGUGUCUGUGAGGGCGUACACACGGUACGGCAACGGCAACCAAACGUCAGACACCUUGGACCUUCUGUCUGGAGAAGAUGUUCCAGGCAGUCCCCCUUAUGGACUGUCCUAUAAGUCGGUGAGUCCCAGCGAGGUGAACGUGACGUGGAGUCCUCCUCUGCUGCCAAACGGGGUCAUUACUCUCUACAGCCUGGACCUCUGGAACUCCACGCACCACCUGAAUCUCACUUCACUGACCACCUUCAUCCACAUCACACACCUGAGGAAGUACACACAGUACAGCGUCGUGGUGCAGGCGCACACCCGAGUCGGGCCGGGAAACCACAGCAGUGAGCCACUCAACAUCACCACACUCGAGGAUGCCCCAGACACCCCCCCUCAGUUCCUCAAAGCCAAGAAGUUGUCAGACUAUGAGGUAGAGUUGUCAUGGGAACCACCGCUUAAUCCGAAUUCAGACAUUCUCUACUAUAUUGUGAGAGUUUGGAAUGAAACGACUGAGCUGUGGCAGAACAUGACAGAGACGUCGGUGGUUAUUAAUGUGGACUCAGAAAGUCGCUACAAUGCCUCUGUCUCCAGCUGGACCCGGCUGGGAGAUGGAGGCGUGCUGAUCUAUAUCAGCUUCACCACCACUGAAGCAGAGCCCUUUGAUCCCCCACAGAACGUGACUUUUGUAAAUGUGACGGCCUCCUCUGUCACCUUGAUGUGGCUUCCACCUACUGAGCCCAAUGGGAUUAUUGUGCACUACACUAUUUACUUCACUGAUAACAACACAAUGGCAGAAAAGAAAAUUCCCGUUUCAGAUUUACCUGCCCGCGCUCCUCCUGAUUCACCCUUCAUCUACACUCUGACUCGCCUGAUGGGGGGCAGUAACUACACUAUGUGGAUGACUUCAAGCACUGUACAGGGUGAUGGAGGGGUCCAGUCCGAGCCAAUAACUGUGCUCCUGCCAGAGGAUGUGCCGAGCGACCCAGUCUCAAACCUAACAGCGCAGAUCUUCAGCUCCACGGCCAUCAUUGUGAGCUGGGAUCCUCCCACAGAGCCCAACGGUCGCCCCUACUACAUCCUCACCUUACAGGAGGACGGUACAUUCCCAAACAUGACCAGCCCAGGAGCCCCAGCUGUCAAUAAAACCAUCAAGCACACCACGACCGAUAAUGUAUUCCUGUUUACCAAGCUCAGGAAGUAUUUUCCAUAUGUGCUGAAAGUUACUCCAGCUACUAAUGCCGGUGCUGCCUACAACCAAACCAGCACAGUGUACCUGAGAACAGACGAUGACAUUCCCAGUUCUCCUCCACUCCUGGUGUCAACUAGAAACUUGUCUACGUCCUCCAUCGCUGUGGUCUGGCAGCGCCCUCUAGAGGCCAAUGGAGAAGUAACUGAGUACACUAUCACUCUGUCUGGCCCCGGGGGCUCCAACACAAUACAGACCGCCAACACCUCGGUCAUUCUCACUGACCUGCUCUCAUACACAGCCUACAAUCUCACCAUUACUGCCUCGACUCGUAAAGGCGCAGGGCCCAGCCUGCUCGUGCAGCUUCACACCGACGAAGGGGGCCCCACGUCUCCUCCCCUUAACCUGACUAUAUUUAACCACACGGCAGUCUCUGUGUGGCUGAGCUGGGAGCCUCCUCUGGAGCCCAAUGGAGUGGUGAUGAUGUACGGAUUCUGGAUCCGUGACCUCAUCACAGAAACCGUCACACAUCGGAACUCCUCGGGUCCAUUGACUGUGGCAUACCUGGCAGGCUUUAGGCCCCACAGCUCCUACGAGAUCAGUGUGUACAGUUACACCAGAGUGGGCCACGGGAAUCAAUUCAGCAGCCCUGUGACCUUCACAACAAAUGAGUCAGUGUCUGAUGCUGUGGGAAACCUAUCCUGCUCAGGAGUGAGCUGGGAUUCAAUCGAGCUGUCCUGGGAUACUCCAGCCAACCCCAAUGGUCAGAUUCUGUUUUACGAGAUCACAAUAGAGGUCAACCUGCAGGUCUUCACACAGCAGACAGACACAUCUGGAUACACACUGACUGGCCUGUCACCAGAGCAGGAUUAUGCAUUCAUUAUAGCCGCAGUCAACUCUGCUGGACCAGGAGACAAAGUGAACUGCUCAGCUUCCACCCUUUCUGAAUCAGUUCCAGCUGCCCCUCACUUCCUCACCAUAACUGAAAUCACAUCAAGCAAUCUGAGCCUCGAGUGGGCUCCGCCGCUCUCGAUUCCAGGCCUGCUGAAAGAGUACCGCAUCGUCGCGCAGCUGCUUUCCACUGAUUGUACACUAAACAUACCGCCAACUCCGGACGACGAGCUCACCUCACACUGCGUGGAAAACGAUUUCACAGUGUCAGUGAAUGCCUCAGAUAACGCUGAAGGAGGCAGCAUCACCCUUCAGUCCCUGGCUAAAUACAGAAACUAUCGCUUCAAAGUGGCUGCCGUGACCAACGCUGGAGUUGGAGAAUAUACGCACUGGGAAUAUGCAAUGACUCUGGCUGGAAACCCCGACGUGCCUCCCCGUAACCUGAAUGUGACCUCCACCUCCACCAGCCUUCGCAUCCAGUGGGAGGCUCCAGCUGUUCUAGCGGGACAGACGUCAUAUUUUGUGCAGGUGGAUGGUCCUGGUAUGAACUACUCAAUAGUCCGAGCUCCAGGAGAGCUGAUGACUGUUGUUGUGACCAACCUGAGGGCAUUCACCCGCUACACUGUUACCGUCACCGCCUUCACUGCUUCAUUGGAAGAUGGGAAGGCCAUUGGUCCUGUUGUUUUUCAAACAAUGGAGGAGGAGCCAAAAGACCCUCCCAAGAAUGUGACCAUCUCCGUUAUCCCAGAGGAAGUGAACUUGGUGAGGGUGAGCUUCAGUCCUCCUGAGGAGCCCAACGGAAACAUCACUGCCUACUUCCUGUUUGUGUAUGAGAAGGAACAGCUGGUUAAAAAUGUCAGCCUUGACAACAUACAGGGAGAACCGCACAUGGUGGUCGCUUUCAUAGAGGGCCUUAAAGGAGGGCACACCUACAGUAUACAGAUUGCAGCAAAGAAUGGGGCAGGCAGGAGUCCACUUAGUCCACACGUCCAGAUUACUACAGGGAUUAAAGCCCCAUCCAAGCCAACCCAAAAACCCCAAGCAGUGCUGGGCCAUGGAGGGGUUGCCAUGGUAACCCGCAGGAGUAUAACCAUCCACAUGCCUGCCUGUUUCUAUAGUGACGAUAACGGGCCAAUCACAAAAAUCCAGGUCAUCGUGGCCGAGUCAGGGGUGAGGGACAGCGAGAACCUGACCAACUGGAGGGAGGCAUUUUUCCACCAUCCUGCUCCAUACUUUGCAGACUCCGGGUUCCCCAACCCUCCGUGUUUGUCGAGGGACGACUCGUUGCAAAUAAAUGCCUUCAUCAGAGCCGCCCGCAGUGUGCCUGGAGAUGUCCCAUCACUGCUGAGACAAAACCAGUCCACUUCAGGGACGUAUGUGAUCGGAGAGAACGACGGCUGCAUGGAGGAGAACAACACUGAUCCUUUCUGCAAUGGGCCUCUGAAGCCCAACACGGUCUAUGUGUUUAAGUUCAGAGCUACAAACCCUAAAAGCCAAUACACAGACUCUGAAUAUUCGGAUCACAUCAGAACUUCAGCUGACGGGCUGUUGACCAGAGAGGAGCAGAUCAUUAUGGGUGUUUUGCUGUCAUUCUUCUUGGCUUUGUUACUCAUCAUCAUUAUCUGCUGCUCAGUCAAGAUCCAUCAGCGUAAGAAAGAAGGUGGCACUUAUUCACCGAGAGAGGCAGAGAUCAUAGAGACAAAGUGUAAGCUGGAUCAGCUGAUCGCUGUGGCAGACAUGGAGCUGAAACAAGAAAAACUCAAUCGGUAUUCUUCCUUCUUCUUUAGGCGGAAAGAGAUUUAUGUCAUCCAACUGCUCAGCUACAGGAAGUCGCUCAAGCCCAUCAACAAGAAAUCUUUUCUGCAGCAUGUGGAAGAUCUGUGUGCCAAUGAAAAUGCCAAGUUUCAGGAGGAGUUUGCGGAGCUGCCAAAGCUGCUGCCCGACCUGGCCACAUCAGACGCUGACCUGCCCUGGAACAAAUCUAAGAAUCGCUUCCUCAACAUCAAACCCUACAACAACAACCGAGUGAAGCUGCUGUCAGAACCCGGCGUGGCAGGCUCAGACUAUAUCAAUGCCAGCUUUGUUUCUGGUUACUUGUGUCCCAACGAGUUCAUAGCCACUCAAGGCCCUCUACCCAGCACCGUGGCAGACUUUUGGAGGAUGAUCUGGGAGACAGGAACCCGCACCAUCGCCAUGCUCACACAGUGUUAUGAAAAAGGCAAAAUUCGGUGUCACAAAUAUUGGCCUGAAGACAACAAGCCGGUGACGGUGUUCAGUGACUUUCUAAUUUCUAAAGUGUCCGAGGAAGUCCUUCCUGACUGGACUAUCAGAACCCUUAAAAUAGAAAAGCAUGGUCACUACAUUUUGGUAAAACACUUCAACUUCACAUCAUGGCCUGAGCACGGAGUCCCAGAGUCCUGCAGCACUUUAAUUAAUUUUGUAAAAACUGUUCGAGCGCAUCGGCACGACAACUCCACUAUAGUUGUCCACUGCAGUGCCGGUGUGGGAAGGACGGGUGUGUUUCUCGCUCUUGAUCACCUCAUUCAGCACAUCAGAGAUCACGACUUUGUGGAUAUUUAUGGGCUCGUGGCUGAACUUCGCAGUGAGAGGAUGUGCAUGGUGCAAAAUCUGGUCCAGUACAUCUUCUUACACCAAAGCACGCUGGAACUUCUGAACAACAAAGGCAACAGCCAGUCCAUCUGGUUUGUUAACUAUUCUGCUCUGGAGAAGAUGGACUCCCUGGACGCCAUGGAAGGUGAUGUUGAACUAGAAUGGGAGGAGACCACAAUGUGAAAGACCAACCAGGUGGGACGCCUGUUAGAGUUGUUGUUUCUGUGGGUUGCGAGACCUCGAAGAGGAACGCGACUGAGCAGCACACUUUAAGAAUGAAGACGAAAGUGCAGGAGAUUAAUAAGGACUUAAAUGCUCCUCUUUAAGUCCUGUUCUCCACCCAGUUUUUUUUUUUUUUUUUUACUUUAAUGCAUGUCUUGUCCACCUGUUUCCAUAAACGAGAAGAGAAACAAGAUGAGGGGCAAGACUUUCAGAAAAGACAGGGACAGAAGAGAGAAUGCGCUGACUGGGAGAGCUUUAUCUCAUCUGUACGCCUUCAGGUACU